CCUGAGGGUUCUACAGGGUUCAUACGCUAAAAGCAACUCUGAGAAAUAAAUAGGACAUAAAACAUGAAGAGCUUUAUAAACAAUCAAAAGGACUUUAAAAUCAAUUGUGAAGCAAACAGGCAGCUAAUGCAGAGACUUUAAAACAGCUGAAGACUCUGUUUAAUAUUAGUGUGAAGACACAGGAAAGUGAGGUGCUUUGAAGCAGCCUUAUCUCUCCACCACAGGGGCUGAUGGGAGGUCUGAGGACCUGUUAGAAACCACGUGGCCCUCGUCUGAUCUCGCAGCUCCUCCUUGUUUGGCCUCAGCUGCAUCAGAGCGCCACUUCUCCCCAGGUUCACCAGAGGAAACACCGCUGCACAAAAUGCUUUUCCUCCCAGCUGCUGCUCUGUGCUGUCUGUGCUCAGCGCUGGCUGCCAUGGCAACACAGCUGCUUCAGGAGGAUUUAACAUGGACCAGGAGAGUUGGUGAAAGAGUCUCCUUCAGCUGUCGAGGCACUGAACAGUGUGAUAGCAGGAGGCCUUAUGUAUGGUGGUACCAGAAGAGAGACACAGAAACAUUCACAGUGAUUCUCGAUAUUAACAGGAAUGAUGGUGAAAUAGAUAGAGAUUUCAAUCAUCCUCAGGAAGAUGAUUUCUCAGCUGUGAAUAAACAGAACGGCUGUGAGUUGCAGAUCCAGAGCGUUAAACUAAAUCAUUCAGCCACCUACUACUGCUUCUGUCAGAAGCGCGGAUCGUACUACAUGUUUGGCUCUGGAACUAAACUGUUUGUAGUGGAUCAACAGGUAGUGAAGCCCGUGGUGAGCGUGUCCCCAGCAGCACCCAGAGCCCACCUGGAGGGGAAGAGCUCCCUGCUGUGUCUGGUCUCAGCCAUGUUUCCUCCUCUGGUCCGCAUCUCCUGGAAAAGACGAAAGGAGAACGGUCCUCUGGAGGAGCUGCCCCCUGCUGAGGGAGAGCAGCUGGAGCUCAGAGAGUCGGGAUGCACCGCCGCCAUCUUGCUGCUCCGUCAGCAAGAGAGCAGCACGUAUAAAUACCACUGCUACGUAUUUAUAGUGGAGGCCCCAACAGAACAAGAGGUUCCAGCUCCAGCAGCCUCCUGUCCUCCAGAGAGAGAGCCAGCAGACCUGCCAGCUCUGCAGCAAGCUGACUGGUCCUUCCAGUCUCAGUGCAGGGUGAAGCUGCUCUGCCUGCUGUACACAGUGCUGAUAGUGAAGAGUCUGGUGUUCUGCUGUGGAAUCGUUCUGCUGAUGAUCAUCAGAAACAAGGGACCGUCCACCAACUGCACACAUGCUGACUGA